GUCGAAGCGAAUUGUGGACUACAACGCAAAUAAUCAUAAAGUAUAAUAAAAAACUGGACUGUGGUGGAUAAAAUAAUAGCGUAGAAGCAGCAGACGGGGGCGGUAGUUUAUCACGGAUUGCAAACGCCGUCAAAACACAAAAAGAAGAAGAAGGUUGUCACGUGACGUCACACCGCUUCCUAUGUUGCUGUAUACCCGAAAUGUGAAGUGAGAAUGACUUAAACCCUCGCUUCUGUUUCAGGUGAAACAAAUUGGUUAUAAUUGACACGUAAUUUAAUUUGAUCAGUGUGUGUGUUAUAUAGUUUAAUAGUUUGACAAGUGCGGGUUGGCCGCUGGAAGUCACUCGGCAGCAUGGCGACAUUCACAUGAUGUAGCUAGCUAGCUAGCUAAAAACAAGCAGACAUAACCCUGACAAGUUACUCCGCCGACAUUUUCGAUAAUUUUCAUAAUCGGCAGGUUUUUGUGAUAUUGUUUUGACAUAUGUGGAGCAGAAUACUGAGACCUAGUGUGACCGGCAGGACGCGUAUCUUGUGGAAAAGCCUCUUUACAAUGCAGCUAAAGACAAGCGAAUUCCAGGUGUUGUUCACCGAUGGGCUGAACGAACUGGCAGGAAUCUUUAAGAAGCACCAGUAUGAGCUGAGAAUAGCUGGAGGUGCCGUACGGGACCUGUUGUCUGGAAAGCAACCUGAGGAUGUGGAUUUUGCCACCACAGCGACCCCCGAGGAGAUGAAGCACAUGUUCCAGGCUGCAGGGAUAAGGAUGAUCAACAAUAAAGGAGAGAAGCAUGGGACUAUUACAGCUCGACUUCACAACGAAAACUUUGAAGUGACUACAUUGCGAGUGGAUGUUCAGACAGACGGUCGUCACGCUGAAGUGGAGUUCACCACCGACUGGCAGAAAGAUUCGGAGAGAAGAGACCUCACCAUCAACUCGAUGUUUUUAGAUCUUGAUGGGAAAUUAUAUGACUAUUUCAAAGGAUACGAUGACCUACAGAACCGAAAGGUUCGGUUUGUUGGCAGUGCCGAACAAAGGAUCCAAGAGGACUAUUUAAGAAUACUGCGUUAUUUUAGGUUCUAUGGAAAGGUGGCUCUGAAAGCUGAUGAGCAUGAGCCCGAGACACUGGAGGCCAUUCGAGCAAAUGGCAGCGGGCUUGCAGGGAUUUCAGGAGAACGAAUUUGGGUGGAGCUGAAGAAGAUUAUGGUUGGCAACCAUGCCGCUCAGCUCCUGGAGAUGAUGUACAGCUUGGGGCUGGCGCAUUAUAUCGGUUUACCCCCCGAUGGCAACGUUGAGGAGAUGAAGCGGGUUUGGCAGAACACCAAAGGCCGUUCUCCCAAACCCAUGACCAUCCUAGCAGCUCUCUGCCGCAGCCCAGAGGAGGUGGAAAAGAUGGACAUCCGACUGAAGGUCUCCAAGGAGGAGAAGACACUGGCUCAGUUCCUGGUCAAAUACAGACGAGAACUUUGCAAGAAUGAAGAUGAGCCAGACAGUCUCAAACCCUUCACUGACUUCAUCGUAGAUAGUCGGGAGCUGGAUACUCAGAGUAAAUUGUGCGAGCUGCUGAAGUACCAAGGUGAGCACAAGCUGCUGGCUGAGCUCAGCAGGUGGGCCGUCCCUCGCUUCCCCAUCAGUGGACACGAUCUCAGGAAAAUGGGCCUCCUCUCAGGCAAGGACAUAGGCUCCACUUUACAGAAGCUCCGCGACAUCUGGAAGAAAAGUCAUUAUCUGAUGGACAAAGACGAACUCCUCAGUUAUGUUAAGUCCUAAUGGGCUGCUGCACUUUUCAGAACCUGUGUGUGUGUGUGUGAAGAAUAAGAGCUACAACUUUGUUAAAUCAAGGCCGUAAUAGCGCUGCUCUGGCUCGGUAUUGACGGAAUUGAGUCGUGUAUAAUGCGGACCAACAAUGACAGAGACAUGCAUGCCUGCUGAAAUGGGAAUUGCACUCAUUUAUGUCGGCAUCACAGUCAGAUAGGUAAGAAAAUCUGACUGACAUUUCAUUUAAUUUGUUUGCAUCUUUGUUAUUUAGUCCAAUACCAAUAAGUUGCCGAUAUUGUGGCAGUUUCUAUCAUAAUUGUUUGCCCAACAGUGAUGCAUGUGUC